AUAUUAUAUAAAACGAGCCUUGUAGAAAAAUAAUCAUUGUAAAUUACUAAAAAUUAUUAACUGAGCGCGUAUCAACCAAAGUAAAAGUGAAAGCGUUAAAGAACGCAUUGUCCGUGCGUCAUCUGUCAAAAAAGGCGCGAACAGUUAGAAAAGGCGGGAACUGUCAAAGAUUUAAAAAGCUAGAGCGACAAUAGUGUUAGUGAAAAUGCAAGCCCAAAUGGGAGAGCUGCAGCGUAGCUACAGGAUGCAGGACUUCACGUCACCCGGCGUCAUCAUGCGCGAGCGCAGCUUCAUACGCCCGCAAUCACAUCACAAUAUGCAUCACAACCAGUUUCCGAAUAAUGGGAAACGGCGCAGCAUGAUCCUGACCAAUGCAAAGGGAAAGCCUACUCUUGAAAUCUACAGACCCCCCGGCGUCCGCACAGACGGCGUGGCGGCGACUGCAGCUGGUACGACAGCGGGCACUAUGCCUGGUACCACGGCCGGUACGACCAGCUCUGGUACGACGGGCACUACAACCACGCCCACCAACAAGCUGAAUGUUCACGCGAAGGAGUUUACUAUGGCCAAGCCUGUUGACCUGCAUAAUAGGUCAGCGAUGAGUGUGGGCUACGCGGGCGUGGGCGUGGGGCUCCAGCACUCGCGGUCAGCGGUGCUGCAUGCACAAGUACCCCCGCACUACCGACCCGUGUUGCCGUCGCAUGGGCUGCUCAACACUACGUCCAGCGGCAAUGUGCCACACGCCACGGUGGGUCCUCGCGUACACUUCAAGCUGCAGCCGCAGCAGCUGGACAAGAAGAAGUCUCCGCCGUCGUCGUUGAGCAACGGUAACGGCAAGAGCGUGCGGCCGCAGUCGUUCACUCCGGGCCUGAAGCGCUCCAAGUCUCUGACGUCGGCCGACACGUUGGCCAGCGGCAUGGCGGCGCUCGGCCUGGCCGCUGACGCCGGGGACCUCGGCACCUUCCCCCCGGACAUACAGGAGUGCAUCGACAAGGCGCUCGAUGAUCCGAACUCAGUGGCGGCGCGCACUCUGAUGGAGGCGGUGGGUCACCUGGUGUCGCGCGCGGUGGAGUCCCCGCGGUACGCGCUGCCCGCCGCCCGCCGCUGCAUCGCCGUCGUCGAGCGCGAGCACACCGAGACCUUCCUCGAGUCCCUGCUCAACACCUGCCAGCAGUGCUACCACGACCGCGACAAGCUGCUGGGCGCGGUGGUGGGGGGAGGGCGGCCACGUCUCAUGGCCUUCCUGUCGUUCCUGCUGGAGAUGUACUGCCAGCUGCGGCGGCGCGCCAUACACCGGCGCGGCGCCAGCGCACAGCCCGGCCAGGUGCUGCUCACGCUCAUCUGCAAGUGCUGCGAGGACUGCAUCCGCCAGCCCGUGCCCUCGCCCAGCGAUACGGAGAACUUGUUCUUUGUGCUGACAUACAUCGGCCGAGAUCUGGAGUCUCAGCUGCCGGGUGACCUGGAGCGGCUGCUGACGGCGGUGCGCGACGCCUUCCUCAACACUGCCGCCGCGCCCUGCAUCCGCCGCACCCUGCUGCAGCUCAUCGAGCUGCACGCCUCGCGCUGGCAGCUGCCUGGCUGCGCCGUGCUCUACUACUACCCCUCCUCCAAGUAGACCUCCUAAUACAACGAACCCCCCCACAUGGUAAGCUCCUCAUAGUAAGUCCCCUAUGGUAAGCCCCUCACAGUAAACCCCCUAUGGUAAGCCACUCAUAGUAAGCCCCCCGUGUUAAGUCCCUCUUUAUUCUUUUCCACGACUAUCUGUCCCGACAUCUGCAAUUUAUAAGAUAGACGUCUAUGGCUUGUUGUGGUCAUUUGUGUA